CGCACAAAGCGCUUACCGGGCUGUAAGCUGCACCUGAUGUCCCCCCGCUUGUGUGUGACAGUGGAAUGAUCCGCUCAGUAGUGACCUCAUAUACCGGCUGCUCCCACACACUGACUGAGGGGGGUGAGGGGAGGGUGAGUUUGCAGACGGUGCCUUAGCCUUGUGCACAUCUGGAGCUUCUCGUGCAGCGGUGACUGCGGGAAUCAUCAUCAUCAUGUUGUGCUGCAGAACUGCCGGAUACUGGGGCGUCAGGACUCGGAUUCUGAAGAGCUUGCCCUCUGUUGGGAGAGAAAUCUGAAUCGUGAAUCUUCGAGAGACUUCCUAAGCUGCCCAGUUUCUCAAUAGCUUCUUCAGAAAUGAAAGUUUGCCUCCAAAGGCCUAUACAUUGGUUCUUCACCCAAGGAUCUGUCUCAUCAAGGAUACCGAACACACCAUGACCCUCAGCAUCUACCCACUGUGUUUGGGGCUGACUAAUAGACACAACAUUGUGAGCUGAGGAAUGGCCUCUUUGGACCUGCCUUAUCGGUGCCCUAGGUGUGGUGAGCACAAACGUUUCCGGAGCUUGUCCUCCUUGAGGGCUCACUUGGAAUACAACCACACCUAUGAGACCCUCUAUGUCUUGUCCAAGACCAACAGCAUUUGUGAUGCCGCCAUCUUCCCCAUAACCAGUGAGGCUGCUCUUUUGACCCCAACACACCGCAGGGAAGUCUUUGAGAGCACAUCUUUUCAGGGCAAAGAGCAGAUAUUUACCCAAGACUUAGUCCAAGUUGAAGACUUGAGUCCAUCUUCUUCACGUUACACGCAAGAGGGGGACAUUCCCCUAGCGGACAUAUUCACUAAGACAGCCAUGGCCUCACAUUCCCCACCGCCAGCAGCAGUGGCAGCAGCAGCAUCAGCUGCAGUGGAUGCUGCCUAUGAGGAAGGGCUUGCUAGGUUAAAGGUCCGAGCCUUUGAGAAACUGGAAGUGGACAAGAGACUGGAGAAACUAACAGAGGAAGUAGAGCAAAAAAUAGCCACCCAGGUUGGCCGAUUGCAAGUCGAGUUAGAGAGGAAGAGCUCGGAGCUGGAUAAAGCAAAGCAGGAGAGUGUACGCCUGAGCCGAGAGAAGGAAGAGCUGGAGGACAGGGCCUCGGAGCUCACACGACAGGUAGACGUAAGCGUGGAGAUGCUGGCCUCCCUCAAGCAGGACCUGGUGCAGAAAGAACAGGAACUCACCAAGAAAAAGCAGGAGGUGUCAGAGAUCGACGUUUUCCUGAAGGAGACGGCGAGUCGGGAAGCCAACGCCAAGGUGCGACUGCAGCAAUUCAUCGAGGAGCUCCUGGACCGAGCCGACAGGGCGGAGAAACAGCUCCAGAUCAUCAGCAGUUGUGGCUCCACCCCUAAUGGCAGUUUGGGCAGAUGCAGUGUGAGCGGGUUCAAGGUGACCCCCAGACAGAGGGACCGACAUGUUGGAGUCGCUUCCCAUGGCUCUUACUCAGUCGCUAACAAUCAGCGCUCCUCUUCCAUUGGGGCCUCCGGCAGAGUAAAAACUGUAUCCCAGAGCUCCGGGGGUUACGAAAGUGACGGCGUGGAGCAGGCAGGGGGCGAGGACAGUUUGGAGGGUCCCCGGUACACGGGGAAUAAUCAGGGAGCAGACAGCAGCUUUGAGAGGAACAAUAAUAGUCGCAGCUCAGGUCUCCGCAGACAAGCAAUACACAACUGGCACCGGCGCCCCUACAGGAACAGCACCGACGGCGAGGAGGGAGACAUCUCUGACGUGGGAUCCAGGACUACUGAGUCGGAGGCAGAAGUUUGGGAACAGGAGAGCGUCGGGUCGGCAGAGAUCAACUCCAACCGGCCAUCAGGAGGCUGCAGGUUUAAAGGGCGCUGUCAUGGGCGGAUCCAGAGGCCGGAGAAGGGAAGUCCGUCUCGUUCCAACGAGGUGAUCAGCCCCGAGAUCCUAAAGAUGAGAGCGGCUCUGUUCUGCAUCUUCACCUACCUCGAUACCAAGACACUGCUGCGGGCGGCUGAAGUCAGCAGAGACUGGAAAUUUGUGGCUCGACAUCCAGCCGUAUGGACUCGAGUGUUCCUGGAGAAUGCCCGGGUGUCCCCGAAGUUCCUGGUAACCCUCUCCCAGUGGUGCACUCAGACCCACUCGCUGACCCUGCAGAACCUCAAGCCUCGGCAGCGAGGGAAGAAGGAGACCAAGGAGGAGUACAUGAAAAGCACACGAGGCUGCCUCGAGGCCGGGCUGGAGUCCCUGCUUAAAGCGACAGGAGGGAACCUGCUUAUUCUGCGUAUAUCACACUGCCCCAAUGUUCUCACUGACCGUUCCCUUUGGCUGGCCAGUUGUUACUGCCGGGCACUGCAAGCUGUCACAUACAGGAGUUCAACAGACCCAGUUGGUCAUGAAGUCAUUUGGGCAUUAGGGGCUGGCUGCAGAGACAUCAUCUCCCUCCAGGUGGCGCCAUUGCAUCCCUGCCAGCAGCCCACGAGGUUUAGUAAUCGCUGCCUUCAGAUGAUUGGACGAUGUUGGCCCCACCUGAGAGCACUGGGAGUAGGCGGAGCUGGCUGUGGGGUGCAGGGUCUCUCUUCUCUGGCCCGUAACUGCAUGCGCCUGCAGGUUCUAGAGCUGGACCACGUAACUGAAAUCAACCAGGAGGUGGCAGCAGAGGUUUGUCGGGAGGGUCUGAAAGGCAUGGAGAUGCUGGUGUUAACGUCUACACCGGUCACACCCAAAGCCCUCCUGCAUUUCAACAGUGUCUGCCGGAACCUAAAAUCCAUUGUGGUACAAGUGGGCAUUGCAGAUUACUUCAAGGACCCCAGCAGCCCCGAGGCCAGGAAACUUUUUGAAGAAAUGGUUAAUAAGUUGCAGGCCCUGAAGAAGAGGCCUGGUUUCUCCAAGAUUCUACACAUUAAAGUAGAAGAAGGCUGCUAACCCUAUUUUCUAUCAGACUUAUUCUUUUGUGAUUAUGAGAUCUUCUGAACUACCCAGAGUUUCAUUUUGCAGUCUCCACAUGGGAAGUGCCAUUAAGAACCAUUGCCAAAUAUACAGAAACAAACAUAUCUUCAACGCCUUUGCUGUGCCGGGCCCAGAGGAGAAUAAGGUUCUCACAGGCCUAUCCUGCAACACUGGCUGGUAACACCAAACUUCAGGGUUGUUAAUCUCCAUUCUUUUUUGGUUACGUAUCAUUGUAGAGUGUGUGGCUCCCUGGGGCCGGAUGUAGCGUUACAAGCAAGUCCAUAGUGCACUGCGAAGUAUGUGUGGACCUUAUUAUUUUGUCUUUCUGUCAAGUGAGAUAUACAUAUAAAUCUGUAUAUUAAUAUAUAAAUAUAUCAAUAUUUUAAGUAUAAAUAUAUAUACUAUUAUUUAAAAAAGCUGUGGAACCAGCAAGUGUUCCAAUUUAAAUUAUGUUUAUAGUAAUAUAAACGGGAGCUUAUGAUAAGCAUGAGCAGCAGAGUCAUCUAAUAAUAGGAAAGAUACCUCCCAACCAUUUUUAUUCACUGUGUGAAGUCCACCAUGUUGACCAUAGAACAACAAUGUCUUUGGCAGGCAAUAAACUAAACAAACAACUAAUAAAAUCAACAUUGCUCAUAAAAGAGGGGGGAAAUGUAUAGAGGCCUCUACAAAACAGUUGUUAGUGCAGAGCCAUCACAUGUCCUACUAAUCUCUGUAUCUAAAGACAAGCCAUUCUAUAAGUUUGGUUGCCAUACCUGUACCCAUGUAUAGAAGGCUAUACACAGUUGAGAGGCUACAGAGGUUAGUAUUUUAAUUCUGAAUAGCACUUGGGUUUCAUUAGUUUCUUCGUCUCAUUCCUUAUUGAAGGCACAUUUCAUUGGAAAGGUGUAAAUGUCCUUCCAAGAACCUCACUGGAUAGAAGGAGCAGACACAGCAAGAAAGGAAUUCUAUAAUGGUGAAAGAUAGAAGAAUCACAAUGUUGGGGUUUUGUUAGGCAUGAAUGGGAGCUGGUACCCAAGUCCAAAGCUAAAUCUUUGCAUUCAGAGAGGGAUCAGUCUGACUAGCUUGCACUUCCCUGUAGAUCUUAAAGCACCCUCAGAAAUGAAGCACCUAGAAUACCAACAAAAACCCUGCAUAGAUACGAAAUGUAUCCAACGUGAAGUAAAUAAGCUCUGUUUUCCUUUAGAUACUGAUAAUAUUGUGUAUUUUUAUGACCUUGUUACUCGUGAAAAGAGCAUGAGAGAUGAGCCAAUAUCCUUCUAGCAACGAAUCAGUGUUCAGAGAAUACUACCCAAUGUCCAACACAAGCAGGAAGAUCCAGCAAUUUGGCUCAAGGGCGGAUUGACCCUUAUCCAACGAUCCACACACAAAGGGGGGUCUGAUUUGCCCAUAAAGAAACUAAAACAGUUAAGGAAAACCGUAGCAAUCCAUUCGGCCAAUAACCUCUGGUGUUACUGUUGGCCAAGCAGAUCUGAAUACUAUGAAGAGCAACAGAGAGAAACUGGGCUGCUUUCUUCCAAAUUGCCCUACGACAUAGGUCUAUAUAUAUGUGGGAGAAAGAGAAGUUUUAAGAGAUUUUUAUGAAGUACCUGCACUUUUUUUUAGCCCUGCUUGAGAUUAAUGAGCCAAAUGUGCGGCCUAGUAUUAUAAAGUAGUAUAAAGGAGCAGUGAAGAAGAAAAUUAUUGCCUAAUAGCAGGCUGCCUUAAUAUCACAUCAGGACCUGAUUAUUCCUUUAUAGGCCUGUGCCAGAGCAACAUGGAUUCUCUCAUUACUUUACAGUGUUCUCAAAAACUCUUAUUAUUGAUAAUGCCCAUUUAGUUGCCCUUUAUCAACUAAAGACAGAGAUGUCAUUUUUCCUAGGAUCCCAUCAUCAGAAGAUCCCAACUAAGUAAAUUUACAUGCCUAUACUACUGUUUAGUUUAAUGACUGGGGUUGGGGGGCUGCAGACUAGUCAUACCUGAUUUAUGUUACACCACAAAGGCCUGGUCCCCACUCAGGACCUGUUUUCAGGUGGAGUUAUUUUUUUCUGGUUGUAUGGAUUUCUGUGCCUUUGGUAUUAGUUCCUCAGCAUAGGGCAGACAAUGUCUCAAGUGCAAGCUGACCGCGCUGACCAAGGCCACCUCUGAAAUAAAGUCAGUAGUUUGUGUUCUUAUUUAGUAGGAUCUUCAUAGUUCUAUCCCCUCAGGAAGUUCCUGUGCAGUAACUGUGCAAGUGUAAAUUCCGGAGAUCAAUGUCAAAAGUGAAUUGUGACCCUCUCAUCCUGCUACUCUCCCUCCCCCAGGUUCCAUGCUGGAUCUCCAUCUUGCCAAAAGUUGCAUGUCUGUUCAUCGAUCGGAUUUUAGUGCAAUCAAUCCUUUCUGUGCCUUUAUAUUGCUUAUUUUAUUGGGUUUCAUGACAUGAUAGUUGACAUAUUUGCUACAUUCUAUAGAAAUACUUGCGCUAGAAACUAUUUGCUAUUGAGUAAUGUGUAUUAUAUAAUGAUAUGACACGGUAUUAAAGUGCCAGUAAUGAGGAUGUAAGAAACAUGGGGCGAAAUCUAUUUUGAGCGGUUUAAACUUGCCAAUCAGUGAGAGUAUCCUGCUUACCUACAGGUAAACAAUGGAGACACCGGUGACCCCUUGUUGGAGGGCUGGUUUCAUGACCAAUAACAUUUAAAUAGAUUAUAAGGGUUGCUGUAGCCAGUUACUGUACAAUAGAUAUAGGCCGUUGAUUUGUGCAGCUAACCGGGUGGCAACUUUACAGACCUUCAAGACAUUAUUCCUUCUUAUGUACGAGGGACACAAGGGACAUCUUAUGAGGUCACUGACUCAUUUCUGCAUUACCUGAAUUAUUUAUGUUCCCACCACUGAACAUAGCAGAAGCGAAUAAGAAAGUCAGGCUGCUACGCACUUCCAUGCAGAAACGUAGGUUUAAAGUGACUGGGAUCAAGACAAAAAUAGGGCAAAAGAAUGAUCCCAGAAUAUCAGGUCUGGCAGAGCAGAAAUUACAAAUAGUUUUAGUACCCAUGGAAAGAUCUGAUUCAUCUGGUUGGCUAUACAUGAAGUGAGGCACUGAGAAUUAUCUUUAUUUUUAUACAGUCAACUAUAUAGAAAUUUAAAUGGAAAGUAUAGAAUUAACUGGGAGAAGAUGAGGGGUUGUUAUACUCAUGAGCAGAAGAGGGGUUGUCAUACUGAGAGAAGAAGAGAUGUUAUCAUACUCAUGAGAGAAGAAGAGGAGUUCUCAUACUGAGAGAAGAGGGGUUGUUAUACUCAUGAGAGAAGAAGAGGGGUUGUCAUACUCAUGAGAAGAAGAAAAGGGGUUGUCAUACUCUUAAGAGAAGAGGGGUUGUCAUACUGAGAGAAGUGGUGUUGUCAUACUCAUGAGAGAAGAAAUGGGGUUGUCAUACUCAUGAGAAAAGAAGAGGGGUUUUCAUACUCAUGAGUGGUGAAAUCUUAUCUCUUAGUUUUAGGGUUAAUGUCUAGACGACCCCACGAAGUAGUGUUAAUUGAUACUUUCCCUUUAGCCUUGAACCUUUCCACUGCUAAGCAUUAGCUGGAUCCACAGCGUCUUCCUCUGACCUGAAAAACCAGAGCCUGAACCCUCUGCUGACGAGGCAGAAGAGAAGAUGCUGAGCGUGUAGUUGCGCAACAGCGGCAGUGGGAAACACUGUGCAAUGGGUAGAGUAUAUGUGUGCCAAAUUCAUUACCAAAGUACUUCUUCAUCUGAAUAGUUUGCAUUACAGUAAAAAUUUCAUCCCCCAAAGAUGUGCAACGUCCCAUGAAAAAUGUUGAUUGAGGGGCUUGAUCUGUAAAGUUUGAGUAUAGGCUUCCUUUGCUAUUAUUCCUAGGGGGAGAAUAAACCUCUCACUAAGUGUGUCAGUUGACUCUUUCCCAGUUAAAGAUCUUUGAUAAUCUUCAUUUGGGUUACUCUCCUUCCAAUGGUGAAUCUAGUCUCCCGCCCCCCAGUCCCCCUUUCAAUUGGCAUGGGUCGGAGCAUUUGAGAAGCCAUUGGAGGAUGUUCUGCACAGCAGCAUAAACAAUCAUUCUUCUGCGAAGCUUGCUUCUAAAUGAGUAAGCAUUCUUCAUUGC